AUGCAGGGCGAGCCAGAGUGCGUCUGGAGCCUGGAAGUGUAUUACCGCAUUCUCCUGUGGGUGCUUCGGCCCGUCAAUGACACAGCCGGUCUCGUGGAUCUACGGCCUGGCACUUCGAGCAGGAUCAACCCUCACUUCCACCGGUUGGCACUGCCUUCGAAGAUGAUCGAUUGCUGCUUGGUGUUCAAGCCCGAGCCGGGCAGCCGCGUCGACCGCCGCAUCGAGGAGCUCAGCAAAACACGCCCCGGCAACUCGAUCAACCAUACCGACUCUGGCUCGCUGUGCCGCCACCCGAUUGGUCUCUCCGUCGAAGUCAAGAGCCGCGAGGGAGACGCUUUGGAGGCGGAGGUGCAGAUGGGGACCUGGCAUGCGGCGCAGUGGAGGAGUAUGCGUCGCCAUGCGCCCGACAAGGCCGCUGUCGAGUUCUUGCCGGGCAUCAUCAUCAGCGGGCACGAGUGGUACUUUGUCGCGACCCUUCCCCCGCAGCACUCGCCUGAUCCGUUCACCGGGGGUACAAGCAAGCCGACACUCUACUCCAGGAUGCACCUGGGGUCCACCUCCGAUGAGCAAGGGGUCUGCAAGAUCGUUGCCUCGCUGCGAUGUCUGGUAGACUGGUUGGAGCGGGAGUAUUGGCCUGCGUUCCAGGAGGAGGUUCUGGGGUUGCCACCUGGCUAG